AUGAAUGUAGGCAUUGGAUACGAGGGGUGGAGGACCGGUCUUGCUGGAAGUUCAGGGGACUGUCCAGCAGUGGAUGUCAACAGGCUGAAACGACGACACAGAACUGGUACUAAUACGUUUGGAUCGGGAAAGCAUAGGAACUUAAUGGAAUGCACAGGUAACUUUUCACACUACUACCACCAACUCCCUGGCCUGAGAAGAUCUCAAAUUAACGCAAAUGGAGAUUAA